CGUCAGAUGUCUACCUGUGUAGAUGUCAUCUACCUAUUAUUAAGCCCUAGCAAUCUAUAGAUUUAUUUUGCUGAAAAUCUUCGGGUUUUUUAAUUUUUAAAUUGCUUUAAAUUGAAGCUAAGAACAACGAACGAUGGCUCUUUCCCUCAUCGUCAAGAGCGCAGCGAAACCGCAAAUAAUGCAAAAUUUGCUGCGCCAUCCCAGCAGUUUGCAGUUCUCCCAGUUGACCCAGCAAUCACAGAAGGGCCUCAAUCUUACCAAGAAAUGCACAAACUUUAUGAAAGCCAAUCGAACACUCUUUGUGUCUGCUCCACUGAGGUCUGCAGCCAAAGGAGACCACACUAAGCUAUGGACCAUGGAAAAGGCCCUGUCUGCAUCCCUUCUUGGUAUAGUCCCAGCUGCUAUCAUGAUGCCAAACCCCAUUUUAGAUAAUUUACUGGCAACUGCUGUGGUCAUCCAUUUCCAUUGGGGAUUGGAGGCUUGCGUUGUUGAUUACGUUAGGGCCAUCUUGUUUGGAGCGGCGGCGCCGAAAUUAGCUCUGGGUGGCCUUUACUUAGUCUCUUUCCUUACUUUGGGUGGACUCCUUUACUUCAACUACCACGAUAUCGGUCUGGGCAAGGCUAUCCGUAAAAUCUGGGCCUUGAAACCAAAUAACUAAAGUUUCAAACUGUAUUAUAUAUUUAUUGAUAUGUUACAAUAAUAAUUUAAAAAAAAAAA